AUGAGUGAAAAAAUUAAAGGAGUCCAAGCACGAAUUAUUGAAAUGAAUAAACUUGCAAAAUUCAUCCCAUGCUCAGCUCACUCCUUAAAUUUAAUUGGUGUUAACUGUGCAAAAAGUAUACCUAAAGUAGAAACAUUUUUCGGCAUCGUACAGAAAUUAUUUAAUUUCUUUUCAAGUUCAACGCAAAGAUGGGAUAUUCUAAUGAAUAAUUUAAAGUUGUCAUUAAAAGGGUAUAGUACAACAAGGUGGUCAGCUAAAAAUUGUGCAAUAAAAUCAUUAAAUACUCAGCUGGAUAUGGUUUUUAAAAGCUUUGACGUUCUACAACAAGAAAAAUUAUCAGAAGAAACAAAAUUUGAUGCAGAUAAUUUGAUAAGAUCACUUAAAAGUUUUUCUUUUAUUUGUAUGCUUACGGUUUGGGAAAAAAUUCUCAGUGCAAUUGACAGGAUUAAUAUAAUUUUACAAAAACCAAAAUUAACAAUUGAUGUAGCUGUCAAACAUCUGCAAAGUCUCCUUACAAUAUUAGAAAACUUUCGAGAGCAAGGUAUAAAUGAUGCUUUAUUGGAUUCAAAGAAUAAAGCUGAAGUAUUAGGCAUAGAAACGGAAUUUCCAAAAGUCAGAUUACGAAAAAAGAAACUUUUACCCGGAGAAAUUGCAGAAGAUGAGUUUUGUAACAUAAGUGAAGAAAAUAAAUUUUUAAUAAUGAUUAAAAAUGUUAUUGACAAUAUCUUAAUAGGACUACGUCAAAGAUUUAAAUCAAUGGAAAAUAUUGCUCAAGAUUUUUCAUUUUUAGAUCCAACAAUAAUUUAUUCUUGGCCUAUGGAAAACUUGAAAAGAGCGGGAGUCGAUUUAUGCAAUUAA